UCCCCGCCCGCGCUCCCCGCGCAGCUCUACUCGCCGGGAAGGCGGCGCGGGCGGCUGUUGCUCUCGCUGCGCCCGCUCCCGCUCGCUGUCCUCCCACCGCUGGUGGGCUCCGCAGCCCCCUGCCGGUCGCGGCCCGUGCCCGGCGGCGGCUCUCACCUUCCGCCUGCCCUCCGCCGGGGGCGGCCUGACCCGUGUGGCCCUUUCCGGGGGCUCCCUCUCCUGCCCGUGGCUCCCUUUUGGAGCUGGCUAGGGCACCUAACUUUGCCUUUCCUCGUCCGUCGCCGCCUCUGGGCGCGAACCUGCUCACCCCCGGCCCUGCUGCGCGCCCGGGCACGGUGCGUCUGGCGCUCCAACCGACGUCCCCAACCCGGAGCGCAGCGAGUGGCGGGUGGCUCUGGGAAAGUGGCAGGGGGCGGCGGCGGCCGGUGCCUCGACUUCCCUCACUGGGCACUGAAGAGGACCCUCAGAGCUGCUCCGGGGCCCCAGGCGCUGGAUGACUGGCAUGAGGAGCGCGCCUCACACCUGUGCCGGCGUGUGAGUUGGGCUUGAGUGCCCAGGCGUUGUGGAUCCUUAGUGUGAUACAUGAUCCGGGAGACGCUCCCCCCUUUCCCUCCUUGCUCGGGCAGUAACCAUUAUUGGUUAAGCCGAAGCAGAGAAAGCAAAGGUUGGAAAGAUGGUCAGGAGAUUCUGGGAAGUAAAUACCACCAUAUUUUCAUAUACGGGUAUCUAAGAAGAGUGAAUGUUUCUAGCAUUCAGAAAUUAGGCACUUGUCCCACAUGACAGGAAGACGGGCUUCUGGCUAGAAGACAAGUGUCCAGAGUCCAAGGCCAUCUGCCCACCAUGAAGGGGACCUGCGUCAUUGCGUGGCUUUUCUCCAGCCUGGGGUGGUGGAGACUUGCCCAGCCGGAAACAGAUGCAUCUCAGUGCCAGACAACGGAGCACCCGGUCAUUUCCUAUAAAGAAAUUGGCCCCUGGUUACGGGAGUUCAGAGCGAAGAAUGCUGUCGAUUUCUCGCGGUUAACGUUUGACCCAGGACAGAAAGAGCUUGUUGUAGGAGCAAGAAACUACCUCUUCAGGUUACAGCUUGAGGAUUUGUCUCUGAUCCAGGCAGUGGAGUGGGAGUGUGAUGAAGCCACCAAGAAGGCCUGUUACAGUAAGGGCAAGUCCGAGGAGGAAUGUCAAAACUACAUCCGGGUGCUUUUGGUGGGUGGCGACCGGUUAUUUACCUGUGGGACCAAUGCUUUCACACCUGUUUGCACCAACCGCACGUUGAAUAACCUGACCGAGAUCCACGAUCAGAUCAGUGGCAUGGCCCGCUGCCCCUACAGCCCCCAGCACAAUUCCACGGCUCUUCUCACGGCCGGCGGGGAGCUGUAUGCCGCCACAGCCAUGGACUUUCCGGGACGGGAUCCCGCCAUUUACCGGAGUCUGGGCAUCUUGCCUCCUCUCCGCACGGCGCAGUACAACUCCAAGUGGCUCAAUGAACCAAACUUCGUGUCAUCUUAUGACAUCGGGAAUUUCACCUACUUCUUUUUCCGAGAAAAUGCCGUGGAGCACGACUGUGGGAAAACCGUGUUCUCCAGAGCUGCCCGGGUCUGUAAGAAUGACAUCGGGGGGCGGUUCCUGCUGGAGGACACCUGGACCACGUUCAUGAAGGCUCGCUUGAACUGCUCCCGGCCCGGCGAGGUCCCCUUCUACUACAAUGAACUGCAGAGUACGUUCUUCCUGCCCGAGCUGGAUUUGGUCUACGGCGUCUUUACCACCAACGUGAACAGCAUCGCCGCCUCGGCCGUGUGCGUCUUCAACCUCAGCGCCAUCUCCCAGGUCUUCAACGGGCCCUUCAAGUACCAGGAGAACUCACGCUCCGCCUGGCUGCCCUAUCCCAACCCCAACCCCAACUUCCAGUGCGGCACGAUGGACCAGGGCCAGUACAUGAACCUGACGGAGAGGAGCCUGCAGGACGCUCAGAGGUUCAUUCUGAUGCAUGAGGUGGUGCAGCCGGUGAGCUCGGUGCCCGCCUUCAUGGAGGACGACAGCCGCUUCUCCUACAUGGCCGUGGACGUGGUGCAGGGCAGGGACAUGCUGGUCCACGUCAUCUAUCUGGCCACAGGUUAUGGCACCAUUAAAAAAGUGCGGGCGCCCCUGUCUCCGGAUGCCAGCGGCUGUUUGCUGGAGGAGAUCGAGCUCUUCCCCGAGCGGCGGGGGGAGCACAUCCAGAGCCUGGAGAUCCUCCACAGCCAGAGCGCCCUGUUUGUGGGCCUGCAGGAGCACGUGGCCAAGAUCCUGCUGAAGAGGUGCCCGUUCUACCGCACCCGCAGCGACUGCAUUGGGGCCCAGGACCCUUACUGUGGCUGGGACAUGGUGAUGAAGAAAUGCACGAGCCUGGAGGAGAGCCUGAACAUGACGCAGUGGGAGCAGAACACCACCACCUGUCCUACGAGGAAUCUCACUGUGGACGGGCACUUCGGCACGUGGUCUCCAUGGACGCCCUGCACGCACAUGGAUGGCAUCACCGGGGGGUCCUGCCAGUGUCGCACACGCUCCUGCGACAGCCCGGCCCCCCAGUGUGGCGGCUGGCAGUGCGAGGGCCCCCACGUGGAGAUUGCCAACUGUUCCAGGAACGGAGGCUGGACCCUCUGGACCUUGUGGUCUCCCUGCAGCACCACCUGUGGGAUCGGCUUCCAAGUGCGCCAGCGGUCCUGCAGCAACCCCACUCCCCGGCACGGGGGCCGGGUGUGCGUGGGACAGAACCGCGAGGAAAGAUACUGCAACGAGCAUUUGCUGUGCCCCCCACACGUGUUCUGGACAGGCUGGGGUCCUUGGGAACGGUGCACAGCCCAGUGUGGGGGUGGCAUUCAAGCUCGCCGCAGGACCUGCGAGAAUGGACCCGACUGUGUGGGCUGUAAUGUGGAGUAUCAGCCUUGCAACACCAACCCAUGCCCGGAGCUGAAGAAGACCACACCCUGGACGCCCUGGAUGCCCGUCAACAUCUCAGACAAUGGGGGCCACUACGAGCAGCGGUUCCGCUACACCUGCAAGGCCCGCCUGCCUGAUCCAAAUCUGCUGGAAGUGGGAAGGCAGAGAAUCGAGAUGAGGUACUGUUCCAGUGAUGGAACCAGCGGCUGCUCCACAGACGGCCUUUCUGGUGAUUUCCUGCACACCGGGAGGUACUCUGCCCACACCGUCAACGGGGCUUGGUCAGCCUGGACGUCGUGGUCACAGUGCAGCCGCGACUGCAGCAGGGGCAUCCGGACCCGGAAGCGUGUUUGCAACAACCCCGAGCCCAGGUAUGGGGGCAUGCCGUGCCUGGGCCCAUCCGUGGAAUACCAGGAGUGCAACAUUUUGCCCUGCCCAGUGGAUGGCGUCUGGUCUUGCUGGUCUUCCUGGUCAAAAUGCUCGGCGACGUGUGGCGGUGGGCACUACAUGAGGACCCGCUCGUGCACAAACCCAGCGCCAGCCUACGGAGGGGACAUCUGCCUGGGGCUUCACACGGAGGAGGCGCUCUGCAGCACCCAGCCCUGCCCAGAGAGCUGGUCGGAGUGGUCAGACUGGUCUGAGUGUGACGUGUCUGGAGUCCAGGUCCGUGCCCGCCAAUGCAUCCUUCUGUUCCCUGCGGGCAGCCAGUGUUCUGGAAACACCACCGAGAGCCGGCCAUGUGUUUUUGAUUCCAAUUUCAUCCCAGAAGUAUCUGUGGCAAGAUCCAGUAGCAUAGAAGAGAAACGGUGUGGGGAGUUCAAUAUGUUCCACAUGAUUGCCGUGGGGCUGAGCAGCUCCAUCCUGGGCUGCCUCCUUACACUGCUCGUCUACACCUACUGCCAGCGGUACCAGCAGCAGUCCCAUGACGCCACCGUCAUCCACCCUGUUGCUCCUGCCCCUCUCAACACCAGCAUAACUAACCACAUCAACAAACUGGACAAGUACGACUCGGUGGAAGCCAUCAAGGCAUUUAACAAAAACAACUUGAUCCUAGAGGAAAGAAACAAGUAUUUCAACCCACAUCUCACUGGGAAGACCUAUUCUAACGCCUACUUUACAGAUCUCAAUAAUUACGAUGAGUACUGAUAGCUGUGAUGUAGCUAUUAAACCUUGGCUUCUUGUAACCCCUCAGUUCCUCAAGGCCUGCGCUCCAUGACUGCCCAUGUUUCCAAGACUUCAGAGAUGAAGUUUGAAUACAUUUCAAGUAUAUUUCAAGCCGUGAGUGUCCCAUUGCUGCCAAAAACAGACAUCCUUAAAAGCAACAAAAAUCUAAAUACGAUGUCGUGAAAAUCUGGUCUAAAUGCUUGGUCAUUGUUGAAUGAGCCAUGGCGUAAAGUUUUGUUUUGUUUUUUUAUUGUGUUCAGUCCAUUUUUCUCACAAGUCAGUUGCUUUCUUGAGCUUUUUGAUAAAUGUACGACCCACAUAGGAAGGAGUCUUUAGAACUAGGAAUGUCUUCCUCCUCUUGAGCAUAAACCUUCAUGAUGUUUUAGUUCAAGAAAAUAGACGCUUCCACUGAGAGUCUGCCUCCCUCCACAAGGAGUGUCAGGUCCAUAGUAUUUGAUAAAAUGAAGGAUAUGAAUGUGGCUGUAUAGUUACCCACCAUGGAUUUCCCAUCUUCCCAACCUGGAUAAUUCUGUGGAAUCCUCGGAAGCAACUUGUGUGUUUGGACUUGGAAUGGUUCUCGCCUGGGCAAGGGCAGGGAUUCACCCUGGCUUGUGUCUGCAGAGGUGAUGAUGGUAUGUGGUGUGACACAGUCAUCCCUCCUUUGGUCUUGAUGCAGUUCCUGUGUUAUCCCUGGUGGAGUUGAGCUUAAAGACCGGAGGUUGAGACAUGAUGAAGGGGCCAGCGUUUGGUGCAAUGCUGCAAGGCUAGCCACCAUGUUCUCACUUCUGGAUUUCCUAGCAUUCCAGGGAGCUCCUUGUCACGUGGUUGGCCUGGAAGCCCACCUGUCCGGUGCAUAGUAACAUCCUGAAGAGCCAUCUGUAAAACCACCACUCGUUCACCAUUUGGAUAUCUUCCUCAUCCUCUCACUUCCUGCAAGGAAAGAUCAUGAACAUUGGUGACACCAAUGAGGGAACGUAUUAAAAAUACUUCGAAAUAUAAUUGAAGCCAACUUUUUAAAAGUUUUCCAUGUUGUAGAAAGGAUUGAAAGAACAGACAGUGGAGGAGAAGCAACUUUUUAUUUUCUAUCUCCUGAUAAAACUAGUGUCUGGCAGUCAGCCCCUUCCCGGAGCAUUACUGACGUGGAAAGAAAACUAGCUUUCUGCAGCCCAUCCAUGGACAUGCUGAAGUGCGCCCCGAGUACCCAGCAGUCAUUUGGGGCCUCCGGGUCAGGUGAGGAGGAGACGUUUCGUUCUGGUGCCUUGUGUCUCUCUCUAUCUCAGUGCCGCCCUCCCCUCCGCCCUCUUCCACUUCUGCCUGCACAGAGGCAACAGCAUUUCAAGAUGUACCUUGAGAAAGCAGGGAAGUAAGGUUUUCAGUGACCCCUGUGGUUCUGAGCACUGAUCCCCGCUAAGCAGUUCAGAGCGCUAUCAUGCUAUUCGUAGAGGUCCCUGCAAAGGAAAAAAGCGGGAGUAACUACUCAGAAACAACUGAUAAAUAAUACAUGCAGUUGGUUGAAUAAUUUUUGAAAGUAAGAACACGAUUGGAACUGUUCAUCUGUUGCCAGUGGGUGUGGCGAAAAAGACCUACGUGGACAGUAACGCACGUUCUCCGGCAGCGACCCCUCAGAUCGGUGGACACACGCAGCGCGGGCAGUGAGGAGCUCGGACUUACUAGCACACGUGUUUUUACCUAUCCAGUUCAAAGGAACAAUUUCAGAGAGUGUUGGGGAAAAUCCCACGUGUAGUCAUGAGUAUUGCUGUAUUGAAAAUAUUCUCACACACCCAGAUGUUCAGAAGCUGUUCUACUAAAAUUCCAGCUGGAACGGCAGGGGGUCUCCGGGAGGUCGGAGAGGUUGCACCUGAAAGGUGUUCUGGGUCCUUCCAGCGGGGAGUCCUCGGGUGCCGCUGCCACAUGGCGUGUCUGCUGCGGGAGACCGCUCUGCUUGGACACGCAGAGCCGGAGGCCGUAGUGAGGAGCUGAAAUUCUGCCAGGGGGUUUCCUCGUUGUUCCUCAGCUGGAUUCGCGUUGGAUGCUUCCCCUUGUGUUACCCCUCUGCUUUAGGAAAAACGUCCACACAGUGAAGCACAUUAUCAUUGAUUUUGAACCCUUCCCCCCAGUGUUUUCUAAGCUCUAAAGGUCAUUUUCUCUCUCCUGGAAAGAGAAUACUGAUAUUUUGAAAAAGCAUCACUGGACCCGAUUAGAAGCUUUCUUUUUUUUUUUAAUUUUUUUUAAAUUAUAUUAUGUUAAAUGCUGUCCACGCUGGACUUCAGUCCUCCUGCAGUGACUGGGGGCAGCCCCCACCCUCCACGCGGAAUUUUCAUGUUGCUGAUUAUACAUCCUGGAGAUUAUCACUGCAAAGAAAUGCUCUCGCCUUUGUUCCCUGACACUCCACUCAAAGAAAAAUUACUCUGACUUCUCUCUCUGUCUCACAUUCUCCAUAUUUCACAGAAUUUCAGUUGGUUAAGAAUAAUUUUAACUGUAUAUUAACUAUUUUAAGCAGCUACAGAGUAACUUUUGCUUUUCCAUCCUUCUGUGGCUAUUGCUCGUAGGUGUGUGCCUCCCCUCUGUACCCCCGCUUGUUGCCUGAGCCCCAGAUGGGCUUUCACGGGUUGCCUCCCUAAAGCAGCUCUCCUGGAGGCUGCCGCGUUUGCCAUUCCCCGUGGGUCACAUUGUAAGUUGCUGAGUGACUUUUUCUUUCUGUCUUUAUCUUUUUUUCUUUUCCUUCCUUCUGUUUUCCUUCCUCCUUUCUUCCUUCCUCCCUCCCUCCCUAGUACAAGCAGCAGAGAUAGGGACUCAUAUUUUUAAGCCGCACCCCCUCUGAACCUAACAUCAAAUGACACAAAUCACAGUUUAACCUCCAGUGUUAUUUCUGGAUGCGGUUGAAGUUUGCCUGGAUUUCAUUAGGAAACUGGCUUUCGUGGGGCUCACAUUAAAUCUUUGGAAGUGAUUCAGCCGCCGGGCUGCACAGGGUCCUUUCUCCAGACUGGACUAGGCCCCAUCCAGCGCCGUCUGCAGAGGCCCGCGUCCUAGGAAGGAGAACACAGUAUGGCUUUCCCCAAGGAGCGCUGUGGACCAGCGGCUGGCAUGAGCCAGAGGGCAUCAUCACCUCUGAGCCAUGGGACUGUGACUUGGGAGGAGCUCUGCCCCCCAGGAGCCCCUCCGCCAGCAGACCAGGUGCUUCCUUGCACGGUUGCCCAACUCGCUGGAGGCCUGUGUCCCUGCUGCCUCGGGGAGGUCUCUGUGCCCCACUCCUGCGGGGACGUUCAGCAAGCCCGCUCAGGUGCGUCCUGCCGGGAAGUGGCGCUUCCUUGUGUGUGUGCGGGGUGGGACUGUGGAGGAGUGGACGGUGGGGGACACGUGUCCCUACCCCCGAGAGGCCCCUGUCCCUGGGAAGGGGCCGCCCCGUGCUUGGGGUGGACCAGGGUCUGGCCCCAUGGACCCACGGAGUAAUGCCAAAGAGAAGAGAAGCAAAGGUGGGAAAAGGUCAGCUAGUAGGGGACUGAGAAAAUGGGGACCCGGUAGCUCCCGAGCCAGCGUGAGGGCCGGUCCCAGGUGGGGGGCCGGGAUGGGUGGACGCACGGUUCUGUGGGUCCGAUGCCGGGACUCUUCCAGGACCGACUGUCCAGAAGGCGGGAGUUUCAGCCGAGGGUGGGCUGUUUCCUUCUCUAUCUGCACCAGAGCGAGAGUCGUGGGCCUCAAAGCCCAGGAGGGUGAGUGUUCCCACUGGAGGCUUUGGUAGAAUCCGUGGGUCAGACGGCCUUCCAAGUUAGGGACAAAGUGUCAGCGGGGGAGUUCCAUGUCCCCAGGGCUACCUACAGGAUGCGUGAGUGUGUAAGGGCAGAUCAGAGGAGAUUUUAUUCUAAAUACACAUCCAGUCUGCAAUUAGCCUAAUUUUGCAUAAACACCCCCUUAAUGUGCACGGAAGGGGCAGUCUUGGUAGUGUCUGAAUUCAAGAGUAUCUUUAUGCUUCUUUAUGACAUUUACUUGUUUUUAGAAUAAAUCACGGUCAUGUCCCUGACACUGUCAAAGAAACUUCAGCGGGAUCUUUUGCACUCCAUUGGGGUUUUCUGGUGUGUGGCAUUUGGGGGCAACUCCAUUGAAUUCAGCCUUUCCAUCUCCAAAGCUGGCUCUGGGGCACCCAUCCAGGGGCCGCAGUACCAGUGGAGGGGGAGGGGCAUGCAGUGAAUUGCUUCUGCCUCAAAGCGGCCAUUCUCCACAGAGCAGGACUGUCCCUGAGCCUCCAGCUCCAAUAAUAAGUGUUCCUGAAGGUGGAAACUCUAAUGAGAACCUUAAAUCAAUUCAUACCCAAACUCUUUGCUAUUCUUUUUAAGAUGAGGCAAAGUGGAGUUCAUGCACUGCGUUGGCAUGCCCGAUACAUUCAUCUCUUCUCAUGUCUCCAUUCCAUCAUGGUCAUUCUUGUCACCUGGUGAGAGUAUGUGGACAUAACAUUGAAGAUUUGAUUGCCUAUGAUUAUCUGUUACCAGAAAACAAAGCCAUUGCUAAACACCUUGCUUCUCUGGACAAUGGGGGUGAAAAGGGAGAACGUAAAAUAACAGUCACUUUGACUAGAGGAAUGCACAAAAAAGAAUGCCAAUUACUGCACAGUGUAUUACCAUGUAAGAUAAAAGAUUUGGAAUUUAUUUCUGCUGUUCUCCCCUGUUGAGGUCAUUAAUAAUAAUUGAUUGAAAAAUGCUUUGUAACUCUAUAAAUACUGACUCAAGGUAUUUCUGUUCUCUGUUUUGAUAACCUGAUAAAAUACAGGGAAAUGCUGGAAUCCUUGCUUUUCCCUUUGGAAAUUGAAAAGUAAUAAACAAGAUGCAAUGUUGGAUUAUUGGCAGGGAUUUCUAUAAUGACUGUUCUGUACUCCUUUUUUUUAUGGACUCAAAGAUCUGUUAUACGUAUUUUGGGGAGCAGAGGGAUCAAGGUUUUUUUCAUCUGUCAUGUUUUGCAUUAUCAAAAAUUUGAUACAUGUUACAAAAGCAUCAGGGCUGGAGAUUGUUCUCUCUUGAAAACGUAGUUUACAGUGCACAGGGACUUAGAACAUCAUCAAAACCAAAUUCAGAGCCUACAGCAAGUGUAGUAAGCUGCCUCGUAGUGUUUGCAAAAGAUCAUAUUUGUUCUGCCAUCGAAAGCAGUCAAGCUUAUUACUCAUGACCAGAGUCAGAAUCAAUUUUUGCUCAAGCAAACAGGUUUUCCUGUACUGACAUGAUGAGGCUAACUAACCAAGGAUAUUUUAAAACCUAAAACGAACAAAGUAGAGAGAGAAAACCACUCUGUGGCACUUCUUAAAUCAAUAUUUUGGACAGCCAGUGCCAUCCAUUCCAUCUCUUUAUACUUAGGAAGAAAUCUGAGGCCAGUGGUUGGAACAUGACCCUAUUCUUUUUUCAGCUUCAUGGGAACUUAAUGCCAAAUAGUCCAAGUGUUAGGUGAAUGGUAGUUCAAACUGGUUCAAAUGCUUGAUAAAUACAAGCCGGGAGCAAAAUCUGGAUUCUGGAAAAUCCCAAACUGUCCUACUCUCGUGUCUCUGAGAAGAAAGCAUGGUUAGCCAUUCUCUGUAAGUGCGGAUAGUUUAAUUUCCCAUGAAAAGUUGCCAGUGCCUUGUUUGAGAUGGUGAUUUAUCAUCUCAUCUGGAUAUUCUUGGUUCCAAUUCAAAGCAGAGGAUCAAUUGGCUACACUUUGAAGAAAAUCAUUCUUCUAUGUCUCUUUGAACUCAGGAAUGGAAAAUGACCGAGGAGCACAUCCUAGACGUGAUGUUGCCCCCCACUGGGUAGGGCGUGUGGCACCGGAACAGGGGCAGACGUGUGUUCAGGGUUCAGGUUAUUCUGGUCUCAGUCCUCCAGAAAGUGACAUCACUUUAGUUAUACAUCUUCCACAAAACACCUUAGAGUUUGGUCUCUAGUAGGGAUGCCGAUGUGCUGCCAGUCGAAGUUACAGUGUUUGUUACUGUCCCUCUUCAGGCAAGUCCACAGGUAGAGGAAAAUCAGGCUGCUGACAGCAGGUACAGAUACACUGAGUGGAAUGAGAACCAUCCAGAACUUUGUGUACUUUUUUUUUUUUGAGUCAAUGUCAACACUGCUUACAAGUACACAAAGUUGUCAACUUUGAUUUGGAUUAAGAAAGCUGAUGGUGUUUUCUCUGCUGAAGGUGUUUUUUCUUAUACCAUGACUGUUGGCCAACAUUGAACUUGAACUUCUGCCCUUUGAAAGAAAGCACAGUUUGAACCUUCAACCCCAGCACCUCCAUUCACCACCGAAACGCUACAUCAUCUGAAAAGAAAACUCACAAACUUGGUCCAUUGUAGGAUUCUUCAAAAGUGGGUAACAAAGCUUGUGUGUUAUGCCCCUUGACGUGGCUUAUGAAGAUGUUAUGAAAUUAAAUGCCUCAUUCUGUGUUAA